GUUGGACCCCCUUUUGCGUCAACGAAUUGUAAUAGUUGUCCGUGAUUUCUCCAAUGCCAUCCGAUGUUCGGUCGCAGUGUUGUUGGCGCCGCCAGGUGUUCUGCUAGGGCCGGUGCCGAUGCCAUCAUCGUCGGGCUGCGGGGCACGGCGUGUUCGUUUCGGGGGGGCGUUUUGAAUUCGAACAGGGCAUGGGAGGAAGGAGGAGCGACACCAACACCAACAGGGGGUCACCUCUAGCGAAGAGGUCCACGACGCCUCUCCGAGCCAGGGAAUAGGGGAUGUCCCGAGCGAGAGGGGGGACCACACCAUCAGGGAACGAAUCCCUGGCUCCUCCCGCUGAUGGUCCCUGGUGAUGUUGGUGUUGUUUGUCAAUGUUCCCAAGAUCAGGGGCGCUGGAGCGGUCGGCAAUUGCCGUGUGCCCCAUUUUCGCCGCUCUAAGGGCCGCUGGCGCAGGGAGAGCAUCUCCGCGCGCAGAUGCGCUGCUCCGACGUGUCACGCAAGCCCAGAAUGUCAGGCAGGAAGGAGCGAUUGACAGGCUUUUCUAGAUAUGUUCUUGAGGUAUGCUCUUGUGUAUCGGGUCCGAGGGCAUCAAGGAGACGAAAGAGUACGAGCACAGUCGCGUCCCCCCAACGUGGCACACAGCGCGGCGAUUGGGACAACUUCUGCCACUGCAUCGCGGCCACGUCCAUGCUCAUACCGGGCUCGAUGGUGAAAGAGGUUAGCGGCUUAUUCUACCAGCUGAUGGAGGAGUGCUUCCAGCAGGCGAAGGACAAGGCCUCGGCCUACACCUGCAUCAGUGAGCAGCACAUUCUGACCCAGAUGCACCUGGAGAGGCCCGGCCUGUUCCACUUCGUGGACAAGGGCUACGGCAGCAUGGCGGCCGACCUUGUCACCCAGAUGCGCCAGAACGACGGCUCUGAGAGCCCGUUGUUCGACAUGCUGACGGAGGACGAGGGCGAGGUGACCACACCGUUGUGAGCACGGGAUCUCUGCAGAGACUGAGCACUGAGGCCCGCCCUCAGUACAAUAAGCGCCUGCUGAGCUGAUAGCACUGAUAACUGGGAUCUUGCGUCUUUGGUGGAGGCAGUCUCUUUGACGGCCGCAUUGACGGGCAGAAGGAACGCAGUGCAGGUUCCAUUUCUAUCCAUUUGUGGCUGACGGUCCCAGCGUGGGUCCCGCGCGUGGCUCCAAUUGCAGAAAAGAGAGCUUCAUCCGCUGCUUCGGGCACUUGCUCCAGGUCUGCGAAAACCAUGCGGUGACGCGCUCCUCCCUGCACCCUCGCCGCUCUC